GCCGCCGCGCCACACGGGAGCCCGGCAGAGCGCGGAGCAGCCGCGCCGCCGCCGCUCCCUCCCCGCCCAGCCGCCCGCCGGCCUCCGCCUCCUCCGGGCUCCUCCGCUCGGGCAGCCCGACCGCCGGGAGCCGGUCCGGGCUCGGGAAGGUGGGCCGGGACCGGCCCCCGAUAUCGAGCGAGGGAGCCGGGAUGCUGCUCUCGAAAAUUAAUUCGUUGGCCCAUCUACGUACCGGGACCGGCGGGGAGCUACACAGCGCUAAACUACAACCCGGGAAGGAGAAGGAGCCGCUGGAGAAGCUGUACCGGGUGGGCCCGCUGCUGGGGAGCGGCGGCUUCGGCACGGUGUACUCGGGUAUCCGCCUCUCCGACAGCAGCCCGGUGGCCGUCAAGUACGUGGCCCGGGAGCGCAUCUCCGAGUGGGGCGAGCUGCCCAGCGGCACCCGUGUGCCGAUGGAGAUCGUGCUGCUGAACAAGGUGGGCUCCGGCUUCCGCGGCGUCAUCCACCUCCUCGACUGGUUUGAGCUGCCCGACAGCUUCGUGCUGGUGCUGGAGCGCCCGGAGCCGUCGCAGGAUCUCUUCGACUUCAUCACGGAGCGGGGGUCCCUGUCCGAGGAGCUGGCGCGGGGGCUUUUCCGCCAGGUGCUGGAGGCCGUGCGGCACUGCAACAACUGCGGCGUCCUGCACCGCGACAUCAAGGACGAGAACAUCGUCAUCGACCUCUCCACCGGCGAGCUCAAGCUCAUCGACUUUGGUUCCGGCACCUUCCUCAAGGACACGGUCUACACCGCCUUUGACGGAACACGGGUGUACAGCCCACCAGAGUGGGUCCGCUACCAUCGCUACCAUGGACGUCCGGCGACCAUCUGGUCCCUGGGCGUGCUGCUCUACAACAUGGUCUGCGGGGAUGUCCCCUUUGAACAGGAUGAGGACAUCAUCCGGGGUCAGGUCUUCUUCCGACGGCGGGUUUCUCGAGAGUGCCAGGAUCUCAUCGUGUGGUGUUUGUCCAUGCGCCCCUCGGACAGGCCAUCUUUGGAGGACGUUUUCAACCAUCCUUGGCUGCAAGGCAUUCACCUGCCCCAGGAGACGGCGGAGAUCCACCUGCACAGUUUGAUCCAAGAGCCCGACAAGUAAGAGCUCCAUGCAUCUCCUGCCCAGAAGAAGCAAAGAAAACCAGAUGACUUCCUUGUGACCGUAGCACUGAGCAGGGCUCAUCAGAUGGGAACACGCACACCUUGUCCUGGAGCUCCGCUGGGGACCUGCUUUUCCAGGCAUUGGUGGACACAUCUUGUCCUGGAGCUCCGCUGGAGACCUGCUUUUCCAAGCACUGGUGGUCACCAUCCAACCCAGCUGUCCUGGCUCCAUGUGAAUGACCCUGUCUUAUUUGAUGUUUUGCCAGUAAAUUGUUUUUUUGGGGGUUGGUUCUGGUUUUGGAGGCUCCCAAGUGUCUUCCCAACCUGCUGAAUUUGGGACUGCCAGAGGAUCAGAGACCUUAUUGCGAGAAAAGCUUCAACGGGGGGAAAACUGACUUGGGGGGAUGGCAGGUACCGCGCCUGAAUGGCCGUCUCUUCUCCGCUGUCACCGUGCUCGAGUGCCUUCAGUUGCGAUCUGGGCUGUGCUGGAGGAAAGACUUGAAUUUUCCUACACUGCUGCUUUUCCAAGACUCGCCUGGCUGUAGAGUUCCUUUUUCCCUUUUCAAAGAGAAAACGGGUCAGAAGAUGCUUGGGAGCCAAGCGGGCGCUGCCUCGCCUCCCGUGCCUCCAUCUCGCCUGGAUUUUCUGGGCUUCUUUGCUUCCCUGUGCCCUCACAAAUGCACAAACAAUGCAAACCAACAGAGCUGUAAAUGUGUACAAAGUUCUAUAGGAGCAAAGCUUGAAGUACAGUUGUUCAUAGGGAUAACAUUUUACCUUGUUUCUUUUUUUUUUUUUCAGUUUUUCGUUUUUAAUUUAUUUUCAUGAAUUUGAUGUUGUGUUUUGCUUUUUGUUUUUUGUUGUUUUUUUUUUUUUUUUAAGGAAGAGUUCUAGCCGGUAGGGUAACUUAUUUAUUUAUUUAUAAUUCACGUGGGUUUCCAGCCCGCGCCUUGCUUCUACAGCUGCUGAUCCCCCGGUUUUCCAUUCGGCUCUUCCCUCUGUGUCUGUCUUGUGUCCGUCCCCGGGCCCGUAGCGUUUCUGGCGGAGGUGCGGAGCGUUUGCCUGCUCCCCAGCUCCCCGUGUACAUAGUUCUGGGUGCUGUUGUUUCCUUGCCACGUGCAGAUCUCCGUUUGCAGAUGAGUUUGGGUUUUUCCCCAUGGGUGUCUUGGCUGGGGCUGGGGAGGGGGGAGCCGGCCCGGGCUGUCCGCGCUGUCGAGUCUUUCCGUGUAACCAAGUGUGUAGCCGGCGGGUUUUUUGUUAAAGAGUUCAUAUUGUACAGGGGAAUUCAGAAAUCUUAUUUUUUUUAUGCGGUUUUAAAUAAAAACAAAAAAAAACCACUCGAUGUGAUGGACAUAUCCCUUUCUUGCGGGGCGGGAUGAAGGAUGCUGCGAGUGUGUCGGGAACCAGUGACAACACCGUGGCUACGAUGGGGACCGCUGGUUUGUCUCCAGCUGAGACAAACUCCAAAGCUCCUACCCAAAGGUUUGCCGAGCGGCGUUCACCAGGACCAGCCAGCCGAAAACACCAUGGGGAAGGC